CUGACGGGUGGUGCAGCGCUUCAGGCGGAUCCCCUCGAAGUGAGACACGCCCACGGCAGCGUUAGCUUACGUCCGCUAGCAUUAUCUCUUCUGCAGCUAACCGCCAACUUACACCGAACCACACGGCUAACCAGUUUGUGCGUGUGUCCUCCAGGGUGUUGUGAUGGCAGCAGUUGCAUCCCAGGGCCCAAAGGUCACUGACUGUGUCACCAAAGUGGCGCUGAGCGUGUCCUGUGAGAAUCUGCUCGACAUGGAUGCCUUCUCAAAGUCUGACCCUCUGUGCGUGCUUUUUAUGAACAGCUCGGGGCCUCACUGGUGCGAGAUUGGCCGGACGGAAAAAAUCCAGAACUGCCUCAAUCCCAAGUUUUCCAAGCCUUUUGUCAUCGACUACUACUUCGAGAUGGUGCAGAAACUUAAGUUUGAAGUGUACGACAUUGACAGCAAGAGCCACAACCUGCAGGAGGCGGACUUCCUGGGAGAACUGGAAUGUACCCUGGGACAGGUUGUGUCCUCAAAAAAAUUAACUAAGCCGCUUGUCAUGAAAGACAAGUCACCUGCAGGGAAAGGAACCAUCACAAUAUGUGCUGAAGAAAGAACUGACAACAGAGUGGUGGAAUUUGAAGUUUCAGGUAGAAAGCUGGAUAAAAAGGAUUUCUUUGGCAAGUCCGACCCUUUCCUGGAAUUCUACAAGCAAGCAGAAACUGGGUGGCAGCUUGCUCACAGGACAGAGGUGGUGAAAAACAACCUAAACCCAAUAUGGAGACCAUUCCGAAUCCCGGUGCAGUCCCUCUGUGGAGGUGAUGUGGAGAAAUCUAUAAAGAUAGAUUGUUAUGAUUACAACAGCAGUGGAUCUCAUGAUUUUAUCGGAUCAUUUGCGACCACACUCUCCCAAAUACAGCAGGCAUCCCAAACAUAUGCGGCUGAGUUUGAAUGCAUCAACAGCAAGAAGAAACAGAAGAAGAAGGGAUACAAAAACUCUGGUGUUAUAAUUGUGAAGAAAUGCAAGAUAGUGAAGGACUAUACAUUUCUGGAUUACAUAAUGGGCGGAUGUCAGAUCAACUUUACCAUCGCUAUUGACUUCACAGGCUCCAACGGGGAUCCCAGCUCUCCCCAGUCGCUCCACUACAUCAACCCUGGAGGCUACAAUGAGUACCUGGCUGCUAUCUGGGCAGUGGGAAAUGUUAUCCAGGACUAUGACAGUGAUAAGCUGUUCCCCGCUCUUGGAUUUGGAGCCAAGAUCCCUCCUUCGUGGCAGGUCUGCCACGAGUUUCCCAUCAACUUCAACCCAUCGAAUCCUUUCUGUGCAGGUAUAGAGGGUGUGGUUCAAGCCUACCAUCACUGUCUGCCCCAGGUGAAGCUUUACGGCCCCACAAACUUUUCCCCAGUCAUCAACCACGUAGCCCAUUUUGGCAAGCAGGCGAUGCAGCAGGAUACUGCAAUGCAAUACUACGUUCUGCUAAUCAUCACCGACGGAGUGAUCACAGACAUGGAUGAGACACGCAGCGCCAUCGUCAACGCCUCUCGCCUGCCCAUGUCCAUCAUCAUUGUUGGAGUAGGUGGGGCCGACUUCAGCGCCAUGGAGUUCCUGGAUGGAGACGACGGGAUUUUACGCUCCGCUGCAGGCGAGGCCGCCAUGCGGGACAUCGUGCAGUUUGUGCCAUUCCGACAAUUCCAAAAUGGUCCUCAAGAAAUGCUGGCUCAGAGCGUCUUGGCAGAAGUCCCAGGUCAGGUGGUGAGCUUCUUCAAUACAAUGCGUUUGAAGCCCCCCCAGAGCGACACGGCUCUCCCGGACCUCUCAGCAUCAACACACCCCCAUACCCUCCUCCAGUGACAAACUUUUCCCCUGAAUACACAUAAUGAGGAUGCAAUUUCCAGUUAGGCAGUCAUGCUGAUUUUUAAAUACUUUGUGCCAAUCGUAAAAAGCCAUAGUACAGAGAUAUUGUAAUGCAUUUCAUGUACUUAACUUAAGUGCACUUUCAUGUGACACUUCUAUAUAACUCAGUGGGACCCAAGUGCCAGGAAUGUUGAGACUUAUGGUCAUUUUCUAUAUGAUUGAUCUGCAAAAUCUACCACCUUAAUUUUAACUGGUGUGACUUCAUGGGGUUUCCAUGUUAAUGCUUACGUUUCCUUCGGUGUCUCCUUAAUACAAUGAACACUUAUGUUAGUUUACACACUUUUAUAUUUACUUGGGAAAGAAAGAUGGCUAUUGAAAUCUUUUGCACAAAGCUGUGCACAAAUACUCUUCAGUAAUGUUUACAUAAUGGAUCCAAUAACGGAUUGAAUACGUUUGUAGGUUUUACGCUCCCAAAACAAUUACUUUUUCCCUUGCUGCUGUUUUGUAUGUCAGUGUGUAUUUUAAAAUGAUUUUGUAAUAUGAGCACUAAUAAUGAGAGUGCCUACAAGUGGUGAUUAGAUCACUAAGCUUAAUGCAUGCAGUUUUGCAUGACUCGGAUGAUGUACAGUAAAGGUUCACUCUUGUCCUAAGAGAUCUUAAAACUUUUUUCUAUCAAUGUAUCAAUUUACUGACAGGAAGAUGGCUGAAUACAUUUCACAAUGUGUACAUGUACAUUUAAUAUACACUGCCUUAUUCUCUGAUGUUGCGUUUUCUAUUGAUACUUUGUUACUAUAUGCAAUGCAAAAAAAAUCAAAGUCAAAAUAGCAUGCUUCUAUUUUUUUAAACAAAGAAUUUCGAUCAUUUAAAGCAGUUUUUCUAUGUAUUUUGUUAACCACUGUAUUCCUGUCAUGUGUAAUUACAGUGUUUUGUGAUCAGUACUUUGCAGUAAUAAAGUUAUUCAUAUUCAUGA